AAACAGGGAUCUGGACCUAAUUUCUCUCUUUCUCUUUAUCUCCCUGCUUUUUCAGUAUAGACCGUAAUAACCCACCAUUAAGGAGACCCCAGACAUCGAGUGAAGUAAUGCAUCGCAUGCAAGAUGCUUUGAGAGGAGACAUGAUGCGAGAGUUCCUGGCUGAAUUCAUCGGUACAUAUGUGAUGAUGAUAUUUGGUUUGGGAUCUGUUGCUCAGAAGGUUCUAGGGGGGGACGCUUUUGGGACAUAUCUCACUAUCAACUUGGGAUUCGGCUUUGGCACUACCAUGGGGAUCCAUGUGGCUGGAGGAAUCUCUGGUGCCCAUAUGAACUCGGCUAUAACCUUCACAAGUUGUGUCCUGGGUCAGAUGCCCUGGAAGAAGUUUCCUGUCUACACAAUGGGACAGUGCUUUGGAUCCUUUUUAGCAGCAGCUACCAUAUAUGGCCUCUACUAUCAGGCACUCAUACGGUACACAGAUGGGAAUCUGACAGUAACUGGACCCUUGGCAACUGCAGGCAUCUUUGCUACUUAUCCUGCCUCCCACAUGACUCUGUGGAGGGGAUUCUUGGAUCAGAUAUUCUUAACCGGCAUGCUCCAGCUGUGCGUCUUGGCCAUCACUGACAAGAAGAACAGCCCAGCUCUACAAGGGACCCAUGCUUUGGUCAUAGGAAUCCUCGUGGUCGCAAUAGGCAUUUCCCUCGGCAUGAACACAGGUUACCCCAUCAACCCAGCCAGGGAUCUGCCCCCAAGGAUCUUCACAAGCAUAGCAGGCUGGGGCAAUGAAGUCUUCACAGCCGGAGAGAGCUGGUGGUGGGUGCCUGUGGUUGCCCCACCACUGGGGGCCCUCAUGGGAGGCAUCACCUACCUGAUCUUUGUUGGACCCAGCAACCGUCCUCAGCAGCGAAGUAUGGAGCAUAUCCUGCCUAAGCCUCGAGUCCUGCAGCCCAUGAAGCAGAAGGUGAUUGUACCCACACCUCAUCAUCCAACUGCCUCUCCCCUGUCUUCUCCCAAGCCCACUGGUUUGAAAAAUGAUCUUCCCCAGGCUCCUUAUCAACCUCCAUUUUUACCCUCUUCCUAUAAGUCUGGUAAAAUCGAAGAGGAAGAGGAAGAUACAUAUAUGUGACACCAAGACAAAUAAAGUCAUCCCAAGGAA